UAUAAGCCCACCAAAAACAAAAGCCGCCUUUGAAUGGCAGCUAUGAAGCACACAAUUGCCGUGUUUUUGUUUGCUUAUCUUCUCAACCAAAGCCAUGGCGAAGGAACGCUUGGCAGCCAUGCUCAUCUCUUCAGCGACGAAGUGAGUGAUAUGGCCUUUCCAGAUGGGUUCAUGUGGGGAUAUUCUUCGGCAGCCUACCAAGUGGAAGGCGCUUGGGAUGAGGAUGGAAAAGGUGAAAGUGUUUGGGACUACGAUGCCCACAAUCGGCCAGAGUGGUUUCCUGAGGGACAGAACGGCGAUAUUGCUUGCGACGCUUACCACAACACCGAUGUGGAUGUUGAACUUCUAAGGAGGCAAGGCGUCAGCACCUAUAGGUUUUCGGUGUCUUGGUCCAGAGUGCUGCCAACCGGCCACCUUGAUAACAUCAACGAAAAAGGACUGGCCUACUAUCGGGACCUCAUCCAGAAGCUGAAGCAAAACAACAUUGAGCCCUUUAUCAAUAUGCAUCAUGCGGACAAUCCGCGCCCCAUUGAGGACGAAGGCGGCUUUCUCACCGAGGAUUACAUUGAUGCCUUUGUCGACUACGCCACGUUGCUCUUCGAGAACUUCGGAGACGACGUGAAGUGGUGGACAACCUUCAACGAGCCGAAUCAAGUUUGCUCCGGAGCUUACGACACUGGAGGUUCUUCGCCUCAGAACCUCCACCCGGGCACAGGGGCCUACAUUUGCGGUCAUAACUUGCUGCGGGCGCACGCCAAAACCUACAGGGUGUACGAUGAGCGCUUCAGAGCCACUCAGAACGGCAAAAUUUCCAUGAUUAUUACUGAAUCUUGGACAGAGCCGGCCACUAAUUCUAGUGACGACAUUCUGGCCGCUGAGCGUGGAAGUCUUACUAACUACGGCUGGUAUGCGCAUCCAAUUGUCUUUGGCGAUUAUCCACAGGUUAUGAGGGAACGGGUGGACAUGCGGAGCGCUUUGCAAGGCUUCAACCAGUCGCGACUUCCAGUAUUCACGGACGAGGAGAAGGAGGAGUUAAAAGGCAGCUACGAUUUUCUAGCAGUAAACAUGUACACGACAGUGCUGGCCACAGAUAUGGAAGAGGCUCCAAUUGAAGAAAUCGGUCUGGGCUCGGACUUUCGCGUGCACACCUACCAGCCAGAUGAUUGGGAAAAAACUGCCUCCUCUUGGUUUAAAGUGGUUCCUUGGGGGGCUCGCCACUUGGUGCGCUGGAUCCGCGACACUUACGGCGACGACAAGGGCAUCAUUGUUACAGAAAAUGGCUACAAAGACACUGGCAAUGAGAUGGAGGACUUGGACACCCGAGGACGUUACCACAAAAUGUACCUGAGUAACCUGAACGAUGUCAUUUACAAGGACGGCGUGAAUCUGUUCGGAUACUUGGCCUGGAGUUUGAUGAACGACGUUGAAUGGUACGAGGGCUGGACAACGAACCUUGGCCACUACCAUGUGGAUUUCUACAGCCCCAACAGAACCAGGACGCCUAAACAGUCCGCCGCCUACUACAAGAAGGUGGUCACUACCAAUUGUUUGUUAGAUUCCUGUCAGCCUGCGACGAAAAGAAUUAUGUUGUGAAAUUUGAUAGAACCGGAAUAAUAAGAGAUAUUUAAAAAAAUCGA